AUGGAGGAUGAGUUGUUUGCCUUGCAGAAGACUAACACUUGGGCGUUAGUCCCGUUGCCCGCUGGCAAGAAUCUGGCUGGUUGCAAAUGGGUCUAUAAAGUCAAGACUCAUUCUGAUAGUUCUCUCGAGCGAUAUAAAGCUCGCCUGGUUGCCAAGGGUUUCUCACAGGAGUAUGGUAUUGAUUAUGAUGAGACCUUUGCCCUUGUUGCCAAGAUAACUAUUGUCCGUACCUUGAUUUUUGUUACCACUAUUUACCAUUGGCCUCUUUAUCAGAUGGACAUUAAGAAUGAUUUUCUUAAUGGUCAUCUCACUGAGGAGGUCUACAUGUGUCCACACCCUGGCCUUCCCCACUCCUUUGGGCAGGCUAAAUAUGCUGAUGAGGUCAUUCACCGUGCUAGUCUUACUGAUACUAAGGUUUUUGAUACACCUACUGAGCUUAAUGUGAAGCUCAACUCUACUGAUGGUGUCCCUGUGGAUGAUCCUAUUUCAUAUCGCGGGCUUGUGGAUUGCUUAGUCUAUCUAACGGUUACUUGUCCUGAUCUUGUCUAUGUUGUUCAUGUGAAAAACAAGAAACAAACUGUUGUUGCUCGCUCUACUGUCGAAACUGAGUACCGUGCUGUGGUUCAUACUACUGCUAAAAUUCAUAGUGUGAUUGCCAUGGCACUCUCAUCACUAUUUUUUCCAUAUAGCAUUGAUGAACCUAAUACAGUUCUCGACAACAAAUAUUCAGGAAAGGUCGUCAUGCAGACAAAGAAGGCUGUGAGCGACAAGACUGCUUUUGAAUUUCUGAAAAUCAUUACCACAAGGGAGGAAGGCAAGUUGAUAACCCCUCAAAUCCAAGUCACCAAAGUUGAAGAAGAGGAUCAAGAUUUGGAAAAUGAGGGAUCAAAAAAUGAAUAUGCUAGUGACAUUGAAACCAUUGGCCAGCAGGCCGAGAAGCACUAG